GACGGUGAUCAUCAUCAUCAUCAUCAAUGGCUACUUCCCUAUUCUUCAUGGCGACUGACCAAAACCCAGCUGCAAACCCACAGGCACUACUUCCCAGAAACACCCAUUUGGUGGGAACCGGCGAGAUCCGAUCGGAGCCACCUAGGAGCCGUGGUCGGAAACCAGGCUCGAAAGCGGCGCAGAACCAGAAGAAGAUCAGGCAGAGAGGGAUGGGCGUGGCUCAGCUCGAGCGUCUCAGGGAGCAAGAAGAGAAGAAAAUGGCAGACGCAUCGUCGACCAUACCAAACCCUAAUACCCGUUUUCCUAUACCCGACCCUGUUGUCAUCGGAUCUUUUCCUGUCCUGCAAGGCCUUCCGAGUUACGGUGGACCCACGAUUUGUCCCGUCGUCGGGCCGUCGGGUUCGGGUUCUGGUCCGGUGGUGCCGAAGAUCAACAGGAGCUUUACUAGGUUUGCCGGGUUCUGUUGUGGAACCGAGUCGGGUCAGAUUCCGGUCGACCCUCCUCCGGUUUAUUCGCCGGAGACUUGGGGUUUCAUCGAGACCUCGAAGGAGCUCUCUUCAAUGCCAAAUCCACAUGUCUAUAACUGCUCCGACCGCUGUGAAGUUUGCUUCAAGAAGAAACGUUACGACGGAGAUGGAAUACGAUCCAACGGCGGAGGAAUUUGCAGAUACGGGAUGAUUUCUCCGGUGAACGGCCACGAUACGCCGGUCUUUGUCCAAGAGAGGAAUAUUCCGAUCUCUGGCUAUGAUCAUAGAAACGGAUAUCUUGCAAGAACAGUAACAGCCCCGCCUGGUCCGCUAAAUUGCUCGAAUCCAUGUUCUAAUUAUGAGGGAUCAAUGGAGAUGUUGGGGAGCUACAUGAGAGGAAACCCUAGAAAUGGAGGGCCUGCGCCGAUCAUCAAGGAGUACGAGUUUUUCCCGGGAAAACACGAAACAUUCUCAGGUAAACACGAAACUUUUCCGGGAAAAUAUGGGCAACGCGCAUAUCCCAAGGAAAUGGAAGCUCCAGUGGUUUCGGUAGGUGAUUGCAGCACAAAUACAUCCGCCAUUGAUUUGUCCUUGAAGCUUUAAAUGUCACGACGACUUCAAACCUCUUUCUUAAUCCUCGUGUUUUUACAUUAGACUAAUUAAGGUAAUGCAGGGAAAAAAAACAAUCUUUUUUUUUUUGUGAAUGCGUUUUUAAGGCUGAAACGAGAUAAAAAAAAUUCAGCUUUUCAAUUACCCUUUUCGUUGUUAAUCUCAUAUCCCCAGCCAGAACACUGAAACAUAUAUUCUGUUCCAUUCCUUUAAGCU